AUGAGUGACAACAUGGAAUACUAUUACAAUAAUACCGCUUCUUACUAUCCAAACGAUGCAUACUAUGACACUCGUAUUGAGCCUGAAGAGGAGGAAGAAUGGGAUCGGGAAAGUUACUUGGAUCCGAUGUGGGAAAUCCAACAAAAGAAGGUAUGCAACCUAACUAACCAGAGUGAUCGAGACAAGACAUUUACCGCAUGGUGCAACUCAUACUUGCGCAAAGCAAACGCUAGUAUUACUGAUAUAGAGAAUGAUUUCCGCGAUGGAUUGAAAUUGUUGCAACUCUUGGAGACUCUUGCUGAAGAGCCGUUGCCCAAACCGGAUCGAGGAAAAAUGCGUUUUCAUAUGAUCACAAAUGUUAAUAAAGCCCUAAAGUAUAUUGAGAGCAAGGGUGUUCAGCUUGUUUCCAUUGGUGCUGAGCAAAUUGUUGACGGCAAUAUUAAAAUGACACUUGGAAUGAUCUGGACUAUCAUCUUGCGAUUCUGCAUUCAAGAUAUUACAGUAGAGGUUGGAAGGACGGGCUUGCUUUUUGUGCGCUCAUACAUCGACAUCGUCCGGAGCUUAUUGACUAUGCCAAACUCUCAAAGGCUAGAAAAUCCUAUUCAAAAUCUUAAUUAUGCCUUUGAUGUGGCGGAGAAAUAUCUGGACAUUCCCAAGAUGUUGGAUGCUGAAGAUAUGGUUAAUACAAUUCGACCGGAUGAACGAUCUGUUAUGACCUAUGUUGCCGCCUAUUAUCAUGCAUUUGCGAACGCUCACAACACUGAAUCAGCUGCGAACAAAAUAGCAAAAGUUUUAAAGUCUAAUCAGGAUACAGAAAAAUUGAUGGAGGAAUAUGCCGGUGUGGCUUCAGAUCUCCUUAAGUGGAUCAACAAUCAAAUCCCAUUCUUAGCGGAUAAGACAACGGAUGGUACUUUGCCUCAUGCAAAAGAAAAGCUUGCUCAAUAUACGGCCUACGGAGGUUCAGCGAAACCACCACGUGUGGAGGAUAAGGCGUUGCUGGAAGCCUUAAACAAUACAAUUCAAACGCGUUUGAAACUUGCUCACAAACCUGCCUUCAUGCCACCAGCAGGACAGUCUAUUGGUGAGAUUAACAAUGCCUGGAAACAGAUGGAGGAUUUGGAGAAAGGUUUUGAGGACUGGCUCCUCAAUGAGAUUCGCCGUUUGGAACAACUUGACUAUUUAGUUAAAAAGUUCAAAUUGAAGUGCUCCACUCAUGAGGCCUGGUCAAAAGACAAGGAGGCAGCAUUGAGUGCACGAGACUACGAGACUGCCUCCUACCCUGAGCUUACAGCUAUGGCUCAAAAGCAAAAUGCAUUUGAGACGGAUUUGGGCGCUCAUCAAAGUCGAGUUGAGAAGAUAGUGUCAAUUGCGGAGGAGUUGAACGCCCUUCAAUACGAGGACGUGGCGAGUGUGAAUAAGAGGACACAAGAUAUUGUCUCUCAGUGGGACAGAUUGGGAGAGAUAUCUGCUAGAAGGAAAGAAGAAAUUGAUAAACGCUUGGAGGUGUUGAAGAAGAUUGACAAUCUGCAACAAUCCUUUGCCAGACGAGUUGGUCCCUUCUCCAAUUGGUUGGAACAGGCGGAGGAGGAUUUGCAGGACACAUUUAUUGCAGAUCGAGUCGACGAGGUUUCGCAACUGAUAAACGGUCAUGAGGCCUUCAAACGCGCACUGCCUGCAGCCCAAGAAGAGUUGACUUCAAUGCUUCGCGAGGCUGGAGAAGUUGACCGGUUGGUUCAACAACACGACCUACCGCGUGAGGUGGCCGUCAAUCCCUACACCAUGAUUACCCACGAGACGCUUCACGACCGCUGGGGCUGCGUUCAAAAGUUGGUGCCUGAGCGUGACUCCGCGCUAGAAUCCGAGAUGGCCAAGCAGCAACGCAAUGAACAACUGCGUGCCCAAUUCGCCAUGCAGGCUAACCGAUUGGGACCUUGGCUGGAGCGUGCGUUGGACACAUUGUUUGCAGCCCAGAGCAGUCCUGUAGCCGUUCAGUUGGAACAACAAAUGGGUGGAUUUAAGAGGAUGGAAGAGGAGUUGGAGAAGAUGAAGCCCAUCAUUAUGGAAGCAGAACGCUGCUACCAGCAACUACAAGAGAAUGGUGUCUACACAGUGCCUCAAACUCAAUACACCAUGGACACACUUCGUCUGGGUUGGGAACAAUUUCUCACCAAUCUCAAACGUGCAAUCAACGAGGUGGAGGUGCAAAUCAUGACUCGUGAGGCGCACAACCUCAGUGAGGCCCAGUUGAAUGACUUUCGACGCUGCUUCAAUCACUUUGAUCGCAAACGUCUCAGACGACUGGAUCUUUCGGAGUUUAAGGCCUGUCUGGUGUCACUUGGAUUUCACAUCCCCAACACCCCAGAGGGUGACACCGAUUUCCGUCGAAUCCUCGCCAAUGUCGAUCCCUCAGGCUCGGGUUAUGUCACCUUCGAUUCUUUCAUGCGUUUCAUGACUCAACAGGCCUCUGGUUCGGAGAGUGCAGAACAACUGAUCGACUCUUUUCGUGUGUUGGCAAAUGAACAGGUGAGUUUGUGUAUGGCAUUGCUAUCCGUGGACUUCGAACGUGACCCAGGCGUUUGCUGA